AUGCACGGUCCUGAUAUUAGUGAUUUAGAUUUGCCAGAUCUUACAUUAUACCCAUCAACAACAGGAUAUUAAGAAUAAAAGAGAUGUUUUAAGCAAUGUGUAAAGGAUAUGUCUAUACCUUAUUUAAACAUAGAAGAAGAGUCCUGUUCAAGUAUAUGAAUAAAGUAAUGUUAGAAAAUUGUUUGUCUAAAUACUUAUAAGCCUAAAUAUUUUUAUCUUAAAAGAUGACUAAUACUUUAACUUAAUUGGUAACCUAGGAUCCUUCAAUAAAAAUAGCAUUUAAAAAACCAUAUAAAUAACAAGAAUAAUGAACAUAUUAAUGAUAUU